AUGAAUCGUCAGCCACGAGCCGGGCGGUGUUGGCGAGAAAAGGCCAGUGCUGGUCCCUGCUGGCUGUGGUCGCCUGAGCGGUUGAAGUCUUUCGAGGAGCAUCUCAAGCGUGCGGUCUGGAGGCUUGGCAGGCAUCCGUCCACGCAACGGUUACGAUUCAACAUGCAAUGGGUGACGCACGGUAAACGAAUGGGCAAGGCGAUUAUUCUAUUCUGGGCUCGAGAGGAAUUAAUUGCAGGUCAGAUUGCGAUGUGCCAAAAAGAAGGCUACCAUGUGUUUCCCAUUAGAUAA